AUGGAACGAAUCCAUAUGCGUGGUCGACGAUGGUCCGAUGCUGUAGUUGCUAAGUUUGAAAAUGAAGGUGUACAUGCAUUUCUGGAAAACUUCGAAGCUGUUGCGCAAAAACAUGAACGCCGACGGCAAAAAAUAAAAAAAGAUGAAGAUAUUGAAAAUGAAAAAUUUCCUUCGGAAUAUCGAAAUACAUUUACUGUUAAACCCCAAAGAAUAACAUUACAAGAAUACGAAUUACUUUAUGUUGAAACAUUAUAUACAAUAAAACAUAAAAUUGGAACAAUAACAUCAAAAUAUAUUCAAGGAGAAAAUGAUCUUUAUGCUUAUGCACAAGAAGCAUUUGGAUUAUCAAAUGAAGAUCAUCAACGUUUAUUAGAGAAAGCUAAUGAAGAAAAACCACCAAUAUUAAUUUUAAAUGUAGAAAUAGUUGAAGCAAAAGAUCUUGAAGCAAAAGAUGCAAAUGGAUUUUCUGAUCCUUAUUGUAUGUUGGGUGUUGUACCUGAAAUGCGUAAUUUUCUUACUGCUCAACAAUCAAAUGGUGGUGGAUUAUCUUCAGAUGAAGAAGGAGCUAAUACUAAUACAUUACAUGAAAAUAAACUUGGUUUUAUGAAACGUUUAAAAAGUUUUCGAAAAUCAACACAUCGACGUGGACAAGGACGUGAAAAAAGUUUAUCAACAAGUAGUGCAAGUUCACAAAAUUAUUCUAGUUUAAGAGAUAAACUUCCGGCUAAAUAUAUUCAAACAACAGAUGUUAAAACAGCAACACUUAAUCCAGUUUGGAUGGAAAAAUUUCGUUUUCAUAUUGAAAGUGGAAAAAAUGAAACUUUUCAUUUGGAUAUAUGGGAUCAUGAUGAUGAAUUUUCAGUAAUUGAAGCAGCAAAAAAAUUAAAUCAAGUGCAAGGUUUCAAAGGACUUAAUCGUUAUUUUAAACAAAUUGCUCAAUCAGCAAGAACAAAUUAUUUAAACGACAGUUCACAUGUUGAUGAUUUUUUGGGUUCUGUUAAUCUUAAAAUAAGUGAAAUUCCAUCAACCGGAAUUGAUAAAUGGUUUUCAUUAGAAGGUCGUAGUGAAAAUUCUAAAGUUCGAGGACAAAUACACAUACGAGCUAAUUUAACAACACGAGAAGAUCGUGGAUUAUCUGAAGAAGAUAAUUGGACGGAUAUUAAAGAACACGUUGAACUCUUACAAAUAUUUAUUGAUCAUGAAUUAAAGAAAUUUAAGGGUGAAACAACUGAAUGGACUGGUGAAUUAUCGCGUGAUGCUGAGACAAUUUUACAUCAACAUGCAAUACAAGGUGGUAUAACAGAUAUUCAACGUUCAAUGUGUCGUUGGAUAGCAUAUUCAAAAAAACAUUCUGAACAUAUUUUAACGCAUAAAUUAUUAUUAUCAGUUACUGAACAAUUAGAACAAACAUGGAAACCAACAUCAUUAAGUAGAGAUGAAAGUGAUAUGUUAAGAGAAGCAUUUACAUUAUUUAUAAAUCAUUGUUUUAAACAAUUAACCAAAAUUCGAGAACUUUUUCCAGCUGCUAAUAAAACUUCGAUGGAAAGACUUGAACAAAUUUUAACGAUUCUCAUGAAAUUACAUAGUAUGGAAGUAUUUCGGCAUUGUUGUCCAUUUCAAAAUAGUCUUCAACAUGAAUUAACAUCAAUAAUUAAAACAGGAACAAUUGAAUGGUUUGAUCGAAUUGCUACACAAAUAACAAAGCCACGCUUAAGAUUAAUGGAUAUUGUCAUAAGAGCUCUUGAAGAAGAACUUGGUGAUCAAAUUCAUCAAUCUCCAUCGACAUUCUUGGAAGUAUUAGAACCUGAUUCAGUUGAUGUUCUUGCAUUUUCAGUGGCAACUGAACAAAUAAGUUUAUGUUUAUUUGAACUUUAUUUGUCACUACAUGAAUUAUCAAAAUAUAAAAUUUAUGUUAAUGAAACUGAUCGAAUAAAUCUAAAAAUAAAUCAUUAUUAUAUGUAUUUUGGUGCAGCCGUUAGAAAAUGGUUAUCACUCGCUCGAAAUAAAAUUCUUCAUCGUAUUGAACGUUCAGUUGAAAAGGAUACAUAUGAAGCUGCAUUGACGUCAUCAUAUAAUGUUAAAUUUACGCCUUCAUCAUUAGAUGUAUCUAGUUGCUUUAGUCAAAUAUCACAAUUUUGGCGACGAUUAGCAUGGCCGGAUAUAAUCACUUCAAUAUCAUAUUUAAUAAAAAUAACUGAAGAUACAGCAAAUGCCACACGUCUUUAUGCAUCAUUAGUUGAAGGAAAACUUAAUGCAAGAAAAUUGUAUGAAACAAGUGAUAUAUCUUAUUAUGCACAAGAACUUUCUUUAGUUGUAAAUGAUAUUGAACGUAUAAGAGAAUCAUUUAAAACUUUACCCAUUGAAUUAUCUUAUGAUAAAUUAUUAGUAGCAGCUGAAAAAUUUCAUUCAAUUUCCGUUGUUGAUGAAUAUAGAAAGAAAAUUGAAACAACUGUUGCAACGUGUAGUCAAGAAAUUAUUGAUAAAAUUUAUCAAAUUUUAAAUAGAGUUGUUACUAAGAUGGAAAUUGAAUUAAAACAACAUAUAUUUCAUAUUAUCGAAACACCAGAACAUGUUUCACUUCAAGAUACUAUUCAACCAUUUAUUACAUAUCUUGAUGCUCGGCUUUUACCAUUUAAAGAUUUUUUAAUAAGACAAAACUACACAAGAUUAUUAGAACUUGUUUGGUCUAUUCUUAUUGAUCAGUUUUUAUUAGAAAUCGAAAAAACAUCAAAACCACGAACAACAUCGUCUUAUGCACGAUUAAUGAAAGCUCUGGAUUCAUUUGUUGAUUACUUUAAUGUUGAUGAACAAUGUUUACCAAAAGAAGCCCUUAAAACUGACAAAUAUAGAUUAAUAAAAAAAUUACUAAAAUAUUAUUCAACAGAUACAUAUUCAUUAAUUAAAUUAUAUUACCAAGAAAAAUUACAAGAACAAGAACGUCUUGGAAUUUUAAAUCAACCAUCACAUUUAACUGAUUUAGGAAAACUUUAUUGUCGUGCAUAUUAUCAUUUAAAAGAAGAAACAUUAUAUGUUGAAAUUAUAUCAUGCAAAAAUCUCAAAUCCUGUGAUUCCAACGGUUUAAGUGAUCCAUACGUUGAAAUUCAAUUAUGUCCAAAAUAUUUAUAUCCUCAUAUUGAAAAACAACAAACAUCAAUUGUAAAAAAAACUUUAAAUCCAUCAUUUAAUGAAAAAUUUGAAUUUCGUUUAACAGAAAAAGAAUGUACUUUAUCCGGUGGUUUUAUACAUUUUACUGUAAUGGAUCAUGAUUUAAUGUGGUCAAAUGACUUUGAAGGAGAAGCUUUUCUUGAAAUAUUGAAAUUACCUGGAAUUCCCAAUGAUUCAACUAAUGAUUGUCGACCUUUGGAUGAAUUAAAAAAAAUUGAACUUUCAUUAACACAUCCAAAAGUUGUACGAAGUCGUAUUAUUGAAAUAUUAGAACAACGUAUAUCAGAUAAAACGGCGAUUGACUUUGUUCGACAGCGACGUGAAGCAGAAAAUCAAUAA